AAAAUUUCAGACAGUCACCAACCUCCAAACUUCAUCUUUUCCCACUCUUUAUAUAGUCCCACUCAGCUCAAUAACAGCUACACACACAUCACACUUAAUUAAACAUGGAGAGAGCAAACAAAUCUGCUUUGAAGUUUGUGAAGAACACUUCACACUCUGCAGCUCAAUGGAGCAGUGCUAAUUCUAGAGGAAUGACAAAAGAUGUACUCAAAGACAGGUUCGAUGACAAGACCAAGGCUUCACCAAAGUCUCCUCCAAAGUCUCCUCCAAGAGAAAAUACUAAACCGCAAGAAUUCAAACUCCACACUCAAGAAAGAGCUGUGAAACGUGCAAUGUUCAACUAUGCAGUGACAACAAAAUUCUAUAUCAUGGAGCUGCAAAAGAAGCAAGAGGAGAAGUUACAAAAGAUGAUUGAAGAGGAAGAGAUACGUAUGCUGAGGAAGGACAUGGUUCCCAGAGCUCAAUUGAUGCCUUAUUUUGAUAAACCAUUCCUCCCACAAAGGCCAAACAAGACUGUUCCAAGACAAUCAUGCCUCCACAUGAUGAGUGGGAAGUGCUGGAGCUGCGCCACUGGAAAUGAACUCUACAACUUACACCACUGUGGUGCUCAAGCACUUAAGCCGAUUAAGUAAAAGCUCUUUUACAGUUGUGGGACGGAGCCUGCAAAAUGUUCUCAUCCUUGCAUUUCAUGCAUGUUGUACACUAUCCAUAGAAGAGAAAGCAGAGUGUUGUACUAUACCACCAUGUGAUAAACUAGCUACAACUUAGGAGGGGAGAUUUUCAUUGUCACAAAUAAAAGAUCAAUCGAGUUUCUUUUUGGUGUUCUUCGAUUUUGGGAUUUUGGAUACCAUGCCAUUGCCUUGUACUUGUACCAAUUUUCAAAGAAAAGAAUAGAAUCAUUUUCUUCUA